UGUUCCUUUCUUGUGACGCUAGACUAAGCAGAGAGUCCGCGCUCAUUGACUAUUCAGGAGAGAGACGAAGGCGUUGAAGGACUGAAACAAAACGAAACUAACAUUUAGCAAAUAAGUUGUUUAUCUUCAAGGCACCAUGCAGUCCAGGCGAUGGUUUGGUGGGGCUGGGUUUAGCUUUGCAGAUGACCCGGUCACAGAGACGUUGUCCCAGGCCAUCCGAGGCACAGGAGAAGAGCUGGACCGAGAGCCAGACACUGGGGUGCUGUUUGGCAGCCUACGUGGGAGCGUGGUAGGCCUCCGGUAUUAUACUGGCGUGGUGAACAAAGGGGAGAUGGUGUCUCUGGUGCGUCAGCCUCAGAACCCCUACGACCGUAAUGCGGUGAUGGUGGCUAACGUCUAUGGCAGUCAGGUGGGGCACAUCAAACGAGAGCUAGCCGUGUUGUUGGCUAACAUCAUGGACAACAACUUGGCCAGGGUGGAAGGGGUGGUGCCGUUCGGGGUGACAAACCAGUUCACCAUGUCUGUAGUUCUGUCCUUCUGGGGGAGAGAGGAGAACAGAGAUGCAGUGGUGAGGCAGAUAACUUCCCGCAGCUUCAAACUGCAGAGUGGGCCUACAGGAUUCAUGUGUGCAGAUGGUUCUAGAGAUCUGCCCAGGAAGAGUGUCCUACUGACUGCAGAAGAGUUGAAGAAUGCAUUUGACAAUUUAUUUGAAAACCUGAUGGAGGAUAAGAUUGGAGAGAGAGAGGCAGUGGAGGCAGUUUGUACUCCGCUGCUGCCCCACCAGAAGCAGGCUCUGAGCUGGAUGUGUGUGAGUGAAAACAACGCUGCGCUGCCCCACUUCUGGGAGGUUAAGGGGAAACUGUUCUAUAACACACUCACACACUCCUCUGUUAGAGAGAGACCGCAGAGGGUCCGGGGCGGCAUACUGGCUGACGACAUGGGACUGGGGAAAACGUUGACCACCAUCGCUCUGAUCCUCUCCAACUUCCACCACGGGAAACCUCUGUGUGAACCGGAGAAGUCUUCCCCUGAACCUAAGGCCUCUACCACCGCAAGGAAAAACCCUGAAGGUAAGUGUGUGUGCUCAGACAUUUCAGGUACCUGCUCCUCUCUCACUAAUGUUGAUUCCGCUCUCUCGCUCUCGCUCGCUCUCUCUCUCUCUCCCUCAGGGAAGAGUGGCGACGGGGAUCAGGCAGAAGUGUCUGUGGCUCCCGCUGGUCACUCCCCUUGUAUGAGAGCCAAUCAGGCUGAAACCCAGGUGGUGUGUGUGGAGUCAGUGGACGUGGUGCAAGAGGAUGUAGUGGAGGAUGGAGACAAGGACUUGGUGUCUGAAAAGAAAGCGAAGGGAAGGCCACAGGGAGGCAAAGCCAAGGCCACCACAACAAAGAAAGCUGCUAAGACCAAAGGGAAAGCAGUCAGCACCUCAAGAAAAGGGGGUGCUGUGUUGGAGGACCUGGACUUUGCAGCAGCACUGAGUGGGAUAACACAGGGAGCUCCUCAGAAAAAGAGUGUCGGUAAAAGUGUAGUUUCGCCGGUGGAAGCUGCCUCUUCCCAGAGCACAGACGACCCAGCAGCCAGAGCCACUCUCAUCAUCUGCCCCUUAUCGGUACUCAGCAACUGGCUGGACCAGUUGGAUCAACAUGUGCGAGCGGACGUCAAGCUGAAUGUGUAUCUGUACUAUGGCUCGGAACGCAACAGGGACACACACUUCCUGUCCUCGCAGCACAUGGUCCUCACCACCUACAACGUGCUUUCUGCUGACUACUCGGGCAGUGCUAGUCCCCUCCAUACAGUGAGCUGGUUGAGAGUGGUCUUGGACGAGGGCCAUAUUAUCAGAAACCCAAACACCCAGCAGAGCAAGGCUGUACUCAAAUUAAACACACAGAGACGCUGGAUACUCACAGGCACUCCCAUCCAGAACAACCUGAGGGAUCUGUGGAUGCUGGUGGCUUUUCUGCGUCUUAAGCCGUUCGACGUGAGAGAGUGGUGGAACAGAGUCAUACAGAGACCUGUCACACAGGGGGACAAGACCGGCCUGCAGAAUCUGCAGGCUCUGGUGAAGUGUGUCACGCUGCGUCGUACGAAGACCAGCCGUGUGUGUGGUCGGCCUCUGGUCUCUCUGCCGGAGAGGAGUGUCAGAAUAGAGGAAGUGGAGCUGACACAGAAGGAGAGGGAGGAAUACGAGCUGGCACACACAGAGGGACGCACCACCAUCAGCAGGUACGUUGCAGAGGGGACCGUCCUCAGGAACUACGCAGAUGUUCUGGCUAUCCUAGUCAGGCUGAGACAGUUCUGCUGCCACCCUGGCCUACUGGGAAAGACCACUACACACACAGGUGUGGUAGCUGUGACUCCUGCAGAGUUGAGAGAGCGUCUGAUAAUGAAACUGAGGCUGGUGCUGGGCACUGGCUCUGAUGAAGAGUGUGCUGUAUGUCUGGACUCUGUUCGUCUGCCUGUCAUCACACACUGUGCACACGUCUACUGCAGACCCUGCAUCGCAGAGGUCAUACGCAGUGAGCAGGAGCAGGCGCGGUGCCCUCUGUGCAGAGGCCAGAUCAAGGCCAGUGAACUAGUGGAGUUCCCUCUGGAGGAGGAGGAGGAGAGUAACCUCUUGGAGAACUGGAGGAGCAGCUCCAAGGUGGAGGCUCUAAUGUCUAGCCUGCUCAGACUGCGCAGUGAGGACGACAGCAUCAGGAGUCUGGUUGUCUCUCAGUUCACACGCUUCCUCACUAUUCUGGAGAUUCCACUCAGGGAGGAGGGUUUCAAGUUUGUACGUCUGGACGGCACUAUGAGCCAGAAAAGGCGGGCUCAGGUCAUUCAGGAGUUCCAGAGCGACGCCCCUGGCAGCCCAUUGAUCAUGCUGCUGUCACUCAAAGCCGGAGGGGUGGGGAUAAACCUCAGCGCUGCAUCCCGCGUCUUCCUCAUGGACCCAGCAUGGAACCCAGCAGCAGAGGACCAGUGUGUGGACCGGUGUCACCGCCUCGGCCAGAAGAGAGAUGUUGUCAUCACUAAGUUCAUAGUGAAGGGCUCCGUGGAGGAGAACAUGGUGAAGAUUCAGAGGCAGAAGCAGGAUCUGGUGGAGAAGGCUUUUGGCACCAAGAACCCCAGUGAGAGGAAGACGUCACGUGUUGAUGAAAUCCGAGCCCUGAUGGAGCUGUAGAUGCCAGCACUAAAAACAGCAAUUCUUUUGAACAGAGCCCUCUCUGGCAGGCCAACAUUGUCCUUUAAGUUUAGAGGUAAUGUUCUCCCAGCUGUGGGACCAAACACACACACACUGCCCAUUGUUUAGAGCAGUACUGCAUGUGUGGGAAUAAAGAAUCUGUUACAAACCAUACAUUAGUCUUUUUAAUUUGUUUUUGGUCCUAAAUUCCCCACAAACGGAAAUUCAUAGCUCAGGGUUCAAACCUCUGUAAAACAUCCUCUAGGAGUCUAGGGAAUAGGUGUGACAUGAGUUUACUGUAGACUUGACUAACUUGCUUUACUUUACAGAGCAGAGGAAAAUAUGAGGAUAAAAGGAUGUGUAUCACAGGUGUAAUUUCUAAUAAAACUCAGAUUAGAAAUAAUCUUGAUACUUUUC